CCUAGCCCGACCGCUGGCUAGGGUUCAGGGUUUUAGCCUGCAGCCCUAAUUGCUACUGUAAGCUCUCCGGCCGUGGAGGGACUGGACGGAGGCCUGUCUGUGCAUUUGUGGGUUUGCUCGGAGUCAGGAGCGCGUGUAUGUUCGUGCCGCGAGUCGUCCAGUUGCGGACGCAGAAGCAGCCUCCUCUUCCUCGCACAGGACCCUCGCUGUUUCCUUCGCUGCCUUCUGGCGGACAGCCCAUGGCGUCUUCGGGAGUGGACCAGCUUGUGGCGGAUUUUUUGCGGAAGCGCGGCUUGACGAAGACGCUCAAAGCCUUCGUCUCGGAGUCGAGCUAUAAAGAUCCGAAGAUUCCUGCAAGCAUUGACCUUGGGACUAUCUGCUCUGAUUAUUUUGUUAAAAUUAAGGAAACAGGAGGGAAAUCUCGUGUAGAUAUCACUAAUAGAAACACCACGAAGGCUGAUGCGAAGAAUGGCGCAAAGAAGCCUGCUGUAAAAGAGUCAGAUAUCACUUCGGACGAUUCUGAUGAAUCUGAGGAUGACGAGAAGUUACCUGAAAAUUCUGCAAAGCAAUCAACAGCGAAGGGCGUUAAAACUGUCGCUAAGAAGCCUGCUGUGAAAGAACCAGAAAGUUCUUCCGACGAUUCUGACGAUUCCUCUGAUGAAUCUGAUGACGAGAAGAAGAAACCUGUAGUUGCAAAGAAACCAGCUCCGACUGUGCCAGCCACGAAAGUAUCGGUCGAAAGUUCAGAUGAUGAUUCCUCUUCUGAUGAGGACGAUGAUGACGUCAAACCCGCUAAGACGAUUGCAAAAACCAAUGGUUUUGUGAAGGCGAAGACAACAGCAGCUCCGUCGGAUUCGUCUUCGUCCGAUUCGGAGGAAGACGAAGAGGAAACCUCGACGAAAGCAAAGGCAGUGGUGGUAGUAGCUUCUAAGAAGGACGAACCGUCAUCGUCUGAUGAUUCUGAUGAGGAUUCAGAAGAUGAGAAGGUGGUCGCAAAGACCUCUCCUCCUGCUGCAGCGAAAGGAGUGAAGUCCGCAGCGGCUCCCAAGUCUUCAAGUUCUUCGUCCAGUGAUGAUUCUAGCAGCGAUGACGAGGAGGUUACAGUUCAACCAAUAAAGACAGUGAAUUCAGUUAAACCUGCAGAUGAUUCCUCUAGCGAAGAAGAUAGUGAUAUAGAUAUGAAAACGGCCACUCCGGCAGUUUCUGACAAAAAGGUUUCAAAGCCGUCCUCUUCCUCAGACGACAGCGACUCCAGUGACGAUGAGAUGGAAGUGGACCCGAAACCCGCUAUUAAAGCAGUGCAGAAAUCUGUUUCGGUGAAGACUGAGGCAAAGAAAGCUGCUUCCUCGUCAGAUUCUUCUAGUGAUGAGGAUAGCGAUGAUGAAACUGAAAAGAAAAAGAACGUAAAGAAACCUGUAGUUGCAAAUUCUACCAAUGUGAAAAAGGCAGAAUCUUCCUCCGACUCUUCAUCUGAGGAAGAAGAUGAACCUAAGGCUGUGGCAAAAACUGGUAAAGCAAAGACUCCUGCUACUGCAAAGGUUGUGUCAGCGAAGGACUCCGAUAAUGACAGUGAUAGCAGUGACGAGAGCGUGGAGAUAAAGAGCUCUAUUAAAGGAAGCGCGAAGGCUUCUAAUGGAAAACAGGAAUCUUCGGAUUCUUCCGAUUCUUCAGAUGAUGAUGAAUCUGAAGUUGUGAAGAAACCUGCGGGAAAAAAGGAGUCUAAAGUGAAGAUUGCAAAGGAUGUGGCUCCUGUGGUUGUGGCUUCUCCUGUAAACAAGAAGAGGAAGGCUGUCGAGGAGGAAGCUGAUACAGGUCAUGUUAGUAAAAAAGCCAACGUAGAAGGUGUCGCUGUUGCAACUUCUGCAGGAAUGAAUUCAGCGAAAAAGCAGAAGCUGGGAUCAGCUCAGAAAACUCCGUCUACUGCGAGAGCAUUUCAAAGAGUGAAAGUGGAAGAGGUGGAAAUAAAGGAUGCUAGGUUGGCUGACAACUCUUACUGGGCAAAGUCUGGAGCUGAAGAAGGUUGGGGCGCUAAGGCUCAAGAAAUUCUUGGCCAAGUGCGGGGCAAGGGUUUCCGACAUGAAAAAACAAAGAAGAAACGAGGCUCAUACAAGGGGGGUAUUAUCGACAAUGCAUCACACUCUAUUAAAUUUCAGAAUUCAGAUGAUGAUGAAUGAAGACAUAAUCGUUUCUAGUAAUGAAGCAAUAGAUUAUUUUUGAAAUAUGGUAAUUUUUUAAGUAUUACAGAAGACGUGAAACUGCUGAAGGUUUGGACUUUCUCUAGCUGGAAAAGAGUGAAGUACACAUAAAUUGGUGAAGUUCUAGGUAGGUUUAGAAAGGAUUGGUCUCCUCAUCGUCGAGAUGGACGACCUCUCGAGAAGCGUAGAUUAGGGUUUAAGCGUGACCUGUCAUCAUAUUUGGAUUCUAGGUGUGUACAUGUGGUGCAACAUCUUGAAUGGCCAUUCUGCUGCCUGCAAGUGUACUGCCAAAUUUUUCUGAGAAUUAAUUUUUAGUAUGUCAGUGCGGCUGAGUCCCAUGAGGGCUAUCUGCAAGCAUACCAUUCGAUACGAUAA